CUUCCUGUCUUCUCAGUGAGGCUUCAUGACAGCAUAUCAGAGGAGGGCUUCCACUACCUACUGUUUGAUCUGGUGACUGGAGGAGAGCUGUUUGAGGACAUCGUAGCCAGGGAGUACUACAGUGAGGCUGACGCCAGUCACUGUAUACAGCAGAUUGUAGAGAGUGUUCAUCACUGCCAUGUCAAUGGUAUCGUUCACAGGGACCUGAAGCCUGAGAACCUCCUAUUGGCCAGUAAGCUGAAGGGGGCGGCGGUUAAGCUAGCUGACUUUGGGCUCGCCAUCGAGGUGCAGGGCGACCAACAGGCAUGGUUUGGUUUUGCUGGUACACCAGGCUACCUGUCUCCAGAGGUUCUGAGAAAAGACCCAUAUGGGAAGCCUGUGGACAUGUGGGCCUGUGGGGUGAUCCUGUACAUCCUAUUGGUCGGUUACCCUCCCUUCUGGGACGAGGACCAACACAGACUGUACCAGCAGAUCAAGGCUGGGGCCUACGAUUUCCCGUCCCCAGAGUGGGACACAGUGACUCCUGAUGCCAAAGACCUGAUCAAUAAGAUGUUGACCAUCAACCCCGGCAAACGCAUCACCACCGCAGAGGCCCUCAAACACCCCUGGAUCUGUCAACGGUCCACUGUAGCUUCCAUGAUGCACAGACAGGAGACUGUGGAGUGUCUGAAGAAGUUCAACGCCAGGAGAAAACUCAAGGUAAAACUCCUCUUUCACUGUCCUCUGUUCUAUUCAGAAACUCAAGGGAUGUGUCUCUCCCUAUUCCCUAUUCCCUAUAUCUUAUUCCCUAUGCCUUAUUCCCUAUACCCUAUUCCCUAUACCAUAUUCCCUAUACCCUAUUCCCUAUACCCUAUUCCCUAUACCCUAUUCACUAUACCAUGUACUACUGUCUACCCAGGGCUCUAUACCCUAUUCCCUAUACUGUUCCUAAAGCCAACACAGUGGACCAGUCCUAAAGACACCAGCUUAACCCCAGCACUGGAACCCCAGACCACAGUGAUCCACAACCCAGUAGAUGGGAAGAAGGAGUCUAUAGAGAGCACCAACACCACCAUCGAGGACGAGGAUGUCAAAGCUCGGAAGCAGGAAAUCAUCAAAGUCACAGAGCAGCUGAUCGAAUCAAUCAACAACGGAGACUUCGAGGCCUACGCGAAGAUCUGUGAUCCUGGUCUGACGUCGUUUGAACCAGAAGCUCUGGGGAACCUGGUAGAGGGACAUGACUUCCAUCGCUUCUACUUCGACAACGCCCUGUCUAAAGGUAGCAAGCCGGUGCACACCAUCCUCCUCAACCCUCACGUCCAUCUGAUAGCGGAGAACGCUGCGUGCAUCGCCUACAUCCGCCUGAGCCAGUACAUGGACGCGGGGGGGAUGCCUCGCACCAUGCAGUCUGAGGAGACCCGCGUCUGGCAUCGCAGAGAGGGAAAGUGGCAGAACAUACACUUCCACCGCUCGGGCUCGCCCAGCAUACCAUCCCAUUAAUGGAAUAUCAAGAUUCAGUCUAAACUCCCAAGACAGACAACAAUCAACAAGCCAACCAGUGGUCUCCAUUUAACCUCUAACCCCUGACCCCUCUGUAUGGACAUGACAUCACACAGCAAAAGGAAACCAACCCUAAAAGGUCGUCAGGUCAUCCUAACCACCUAGGGUGCGUCCCUAAAUGGCACCCUAUUCCCUACAUUGGGCUCUGGUCUAAAGUAGUGCACUGCAUAGGGAAUAGGGCUCUGGUCUAAAGUAGUGCACUACAUAGGGAAUAGGGCUCUGGUCUAUAGUAGUUCACUAUAUAGGGAAUAGGGUUUUGUUUGGGACUCAAUCCCCCUACCUAGAGCAGCCUGCAGCAGACCGUGGCCGUUAUCCACUGGAGCAUAUUAUAGGGAAUAGGGCUCUGGUCACUAGUAGUGCACUAUAUAGGGAAUAGGGCUCUGGUCUAUAGUAGGUCACUAUAUAGGGAAUAGGGCUCUGGUCU